GCGCAGUUGCCCAGGCCCAGCCAAGGCAGCCACCCAACCCAAGGACCCAUAUUUCAACAUUUAAACGCGCUUCUCCCAUAAAUGAACCAACCCUGCUCACUCCUCCCAACCCCUGCCCUAAUUCAACUGGCUUCGAUCGAAAUUUGCAUCGUUUUCCACUUUCAGGCUUCGAUCAAGACAAUUUUUGACCUAAUUGAUCUGAUCUGAACGGGGAUUUUGGCUGAUUUCGGAGAUCUGCGAUGGGACCGGCAAACAGAAAUUGAUUUUUCUUAGAUUUGGGUUUGAAUGGUUUUGUUGAAGUAAGACCAACCGAGCAGAGUUUGGAAGAUCUGCUUUUCGUCCGAUGGCUUUGUUAUAUUUUUCAUUGAGGAUGAAACCCGCUUUCUACUGGGCUUUUAUCUGCGUGGUUCUUUCUGUGCAUGCUUGCGUUGGGUUCUAUUUGCCAGGGAGCUACAUGCACACAUAUUCGACACGUCAACCUAUUUAUGCUAAAGUCAAUUCCUUGACAUCAAUUGAAACUGAGCUCCCUUUCAGCUAUUACAGUCUCCCGUACUGCCAACCCAAAGAAGGAGUGAAGAAAAGUGCAGAGAAUCUGGGAGAACUCCUUAUGGGAGACCAGAUUGACAACUCCCCGUACCGAUUCCGAAUGAAUGUCAAUGAGACUGUUUACCUCUGCACCACAAAUCCGUUGAAUGAGCAUGAGGUAAAGCUUUUGAAGCAGAGGACCCGUGAUCUGUAUCAGGUAAACAUGAUUUUGGACAAUCUACCUGCAAGGAGGUUUGCUGUGCGGGAUGGGUUGAAAAUUCAAUGGACCGGGUUUCCUGUUGGUUAUACGCCUCGCGAUGGUAAUGAUGAUUACAUCAUUAAUCACAUGAAGUUCACAGUUUUGGUUCAUGAGUAUGAAGGGAGUGGGGUGGAGAUAAUUGGUACAGGGGAAGAAGGUAUGGGCGUACUUACAGAAGCUGACAAGAAGAAGGCAUCUGGUUUUGAGAUAGUUGGUUUUGAGGUUUCCCCUUGCAGUGUUAAGUAUGACCCUGAAGCAAUGUCCAAGCUCCAGAUCUAUGACAACAUAUCUUCUGUUAACUGUCCGUCAGAGCUUGAUAAGUAUCAAAUAAUCAGGGAAAAAGAAAAAGUGUCAUUUACUUAUGAGGUUGAAUUUUUGAAAAGUAAUAUUCGGUGGCCAUCUCGAUGGGAUGCUUACUUGAAGAUGGAGGGUGCCCGUGUCCACUGGUUCUCAAUCCUGAACUCAUUAAUGGUGAUCUUCUUUCUGGCUGGGAUUGUGUUUGUUAUAUUUUUAAGGACAGUGAGAAGGGAUUUAACUAGGUACGAGGAACUGGACAAAGAAGCUCAAGCACAGAUGAAUGAGGAGCUUUCAGGCUGGAAGCUUGUUGUGGGGGAUGUGUUUAGAGAGCCAAAUAAUUCAAAGCUACUCUGCUUGAUGGUUGGAAAUGGGGUUCAAAUUGCUGGGAUGGCUGUAGUCACUAUUGUUUUUGCUGCCUUUGGUUUCAUGUCACCAGCUUCUCGGGGAAUGCUACUGACAGGGAUGAUAAUUCUUUAUCUUUUCCUGGGGAUUGCCGCCGGAUAUGUUGGUGUCCGGAUGUGGAGAACCAUGAAGGGAACUUCAGAAGGAUGGAGGUCACUUUCUUGGUCAGUUGCAUGCUUCUUUCCUGGGAUUGUUUUUGUAAUUCUUACAGGAUUGAAUUUUAUCCUUUGGGGCAGCAAUAGUACCGGUGCUAUUCCUAUUUCCUUGUAUUUUAUACUUCUGUCCCUUUGGUUCUGCAUUUCAGUGCCCCUUACCCUGUUAGGAGGAUUUUUAGGGACACGUGCUGAAUCUAUUGAAUACCCUGUGCGAACUAACCAGAUCCCAAGGGAAAUUCCUGCACGCAGUUAUCCAUCAUGGCUUCUUGUUCUUGGUGCUGGGACACUUCCAUUUGGAACCCUUUUUAUUGAACUUUUCUUCAUCCUUUCUAGCAUCUGGCUUGGGAGGUUCUAUUAUGUGUUCGGGUUCCUGCUUGUUGUCCUUCUGUUGCUGGUUAUUGUUUGUGCUGAAGUAUCUGUUGUACUCACUUACAUGCAUCUCUGUGUGGAGGAUUGGCAGUGGUGGUGGAAAGCUUUCUUUGCCUCAGGUUCAGUUGCCCUUUAUGUGUUCCUAUACUCCAUCAAUUACUUGGUGUUUGACCUUCGAAGCUUGAGUGGCCCUGUGUCAGCUAUGGUCUAUCUUGGCUAUUCAUUGAUCAUGGCAAUUGCUAUCAUGUUGUCUACUGGCACAAUUGGUUUUCUCACGUCAUUUUACUUUGUCCAUUACCUUUUCUCAUCCGUAAAGAUUGAUUAAAUCCCUUAGGCAUAUUUCAUUGGCAAGUUGAAGCCUCUUCGUCUAUAGGAAGAUGAAAAUUUCUUCAACCAACAUUUUGCUUCACCAAACUCUCUGUCCUAGCUGGUAAUUCUGCGUAUUAUCACAAGGUUCUCAGAUGAAUGACUGACUGCAUGGAAUGACUGCUAUUCUGUUUGUUUCUUGAGGUAAGAAGAUUUUUAUUGUUCUGAAGUUGAGACAUAUUGGUCUUGUACUUAGUGUGUUAUGCGAAGCAUUAUGCCCUUUAAUGUUGGCUUUGAGCUUUAUUUGGAUAGUAUCUCAAUUUAUUCAAAAUUUCUUUCAUGAUGUAACUGGUUAGACUCCUAUGUUUUUUUAUUUUAUUAAUCAGAUAGGUAGUGUUGACCUGGUUUUCUGCUA